GCAGCGUCUGGGUUGGAACUUGUACCCCGUACGUUGAGUUCUGUUCGCGACCGGUUAAGCUAGCGCUGGCUGUCAGUAAACCGCCUGAUUGUUGUGCCUUACACCUAAUAUCACUCUUUCUUUACACGUUAUCAUAGACACGGUAGAGUUUUUAGAUGACGUAUUGUAUAUUAUUGUUGUCUGAGCUGUGGAAAUAUGUCUAGUGGGUCAUCGUUAGUGCUCGAGUUCAACUGGCCAUUACUGAGGGGAUAAAAUAUCACCAACGAUCAUUUGGUCAGCGGCGAACGGUUGAAAAUGUUACGGUCUUUGACCUCGAGAGAAAAUUUUGGAAUCAGGCACAACAUAAAAUGCAUCGUCGAGUUUGUCAUUAAAUAAUAAGUAUCGCACGCUAUAUACGCGUGCGUGUAUGUAUAUAACCUUCGCCACUUCGCACCACGAAACACAAUAUACAUUAUCGAGUUGUGCAAACUGCAAUUUCUCAAAACCAAAGAAGGCGAAAAAAAACAAUGUGAAAAUAAUCGCUGAAACACCUACAGUGCACGAUCGACGCGCAAAUUGAGAGAGAGAGAGCGAAAGAAGGAAAUGAAAAAAAAUACAAGUGUCCGCGUUGGGUGAAGAAUAACAGAUAAUCAUGGCAAAUAGUAAUACCAAGUGAGAAAAAGCACUCGUACAGUUAAUACAGAAAACAAAGCUCAGGACGAGGGAGUGUAUAACGGCGAGAUAAAUAAACCAUGUACAACAAGAUGAGGGGAGGGAAAUACCAACGUUGAGAAGAAUAAACGGAUGUAGUUGCAAAAAUUCACCCUCGUUUUAAUUCAAAAUGUCUUUCUUUGGCUGGGGAAAGAACGGCGGAGGUGGAGGUGGGGCAGGAAGUGGCGGUGGCAACGGUCUGGGUGCGGAGCAACCGGGACGCAAUUUGCAAGAUGGUCUUUUUCAAAUUGCCUCGCAAGCCUGUCACAUACUCGUUCAGGUGAACAAUACGCACAACGUGUCUUACGGUGGUAGCAACAACGUGACCAACGUCGCAUACUCGAAACAUUCGGCGGCCGGAAGUUCAACCACUUUAGCGACUUCUUCCUCCUGUGCCGGUGGCUCUUCCACGAGCAGAUCGUUCCCCGGUCAAUCCACAAACCGCGAAAAGGAUCAAGAUAUCGUCGUACUUCUACCGCAACAUAAAAGCAGGACACCCAAAAUAAGGCACAAAUUAUCGACAGUUUCGGAAAAUGCCAGACUAGAGGUGAGCUCACCUGGCGGUGGAGAUGAUGACCUGGAAAUGUGGGAUCAAACUGGAUUUAUGCUAAGGGGUGACGGCGAUGAUCCCUUGAAUCACCCCAAAUGGGGUGCCCAGGGAUGGUGCAGGCCCAGUUGCAUUCCGAUUACCGUAAUCCUGAUUCUCAUCGUCCUCGUUGUUUUACUUCCAUUGCUGGACCACGCUGCUGAUAAACACUUGUUAAACUCAACGAAUUCUGGAAAUGAUUCCGGACUUACAUGUAUGGACAGCUGCAGAAUAAAUUUAGUUGAAUCAAUUCCAAUCGGACUGAUUUAUCCGAAUAACUCCGUCAGUCACGUCAGUACCUACAACACGUGGAUGGAUCUUAUCGGUUCGGCUCAAUCCACGAUCGAAAUUGCCGCCUUGUAUUGGACGUUGAAGAGAGAGGACGUUUACCCCGACGACAGUGCCAAAGAGGGCGAAGAUGUCUUCGAAGCCUUACUCGAGGCAGGCAGAGACAGAGGCAUAAGGUUGAGAUUCGCGCAGAAUAUUCCAUCUCAUUUGAGUCCAAAUGACAAUACGGAAUAUUUGGCGAAGAAAGCAGACGCAGAGGUGAAAAGUUUGAACUUCCCUAGUUUAUUGGGAUCCGGAAUAUUUCACACCAAGUUGUGGCUCAUCGAUCGCACGCACGUGUACGUUGGCUCAGCCAAUAUGGACUGGCGUUCGCUAACUCAGGUCAAGGAAUUGGGAAUACUGGCAACGAACUGUUCCUGUCUUGCAAUCGAUUUGGCGAAAAUUUUUGACGUCUAUUGGAAACUUUCUGAAGAUGGAAAAGUUCCAGUUGCAUGGCCUGACUCCUUGGCAACAAAAAUAAACGUCAACAAUCCGAUUAAUUUUACCCUGGAUGACAACAAGUAUCGGGCGUUUUUCGCGAGUUCUCCGCCGGCUCUGUCACCUAAAGGAAGAACCAAUGAUUUAGACGCCAUUCUACACUGCAUCGAUAAAGCUGAAAAGUUCAUUUACAUUUCAGUGAUGGAUUACUUUCCUCUCACCAUAUUCGAGCCGAAAGUCAAGUACUGGCCGAUCAUUGACAAUGCCCUAAGGUCUGCAGCUAUAGAACACAAAGUCAACAUCAGGCUGCUUAUUUCUUGGUGGAAGCACUCUCGACCUUCGGAAGAUUAUUUUCUAAGAUCAUUGGCUGACCUUACAAAAAGUUACAGGAACGUGAAAAUUGAAGUGAAAAGAUUUAUCGUUCCAACUAACAAGGAAUUCGAUAAGAUACCAUACACCAGAGUGAACCACAACAAAUACAUGGUAACUGAUGCAGCUGCUUACAUUGGCACAAGUAACUGGUCCGGCGAUUACUUCUUAACAACGGCUGGAAUCGGCAUGGUGUUUGAGGAUGUUGGUCACAAAAAUGAGAAUGGUAUAAGACAGCAACUCGAAGAAAUAUUUCUUCGUGACUGGGAGUCAAAGUAUGCCCAUCCUCUGAAUGAAACAUAUUCGGACAGAGAAAAUCCAUAAGAUGGUUCGAUUUACAAAAGAUUAUUGUAACCAGUAUCUGAUUUAUUUGCCAGUUCUUUUAUUUACAUCUCCCUAAAAUUAUGGCCUAUGACAAACUCUUAUCGUCGGUAACCACCGCUGUCACGAAAAUCGUACGCUUUGCAGUGAUUUCCUUUGGAAAUAAAUAUUUUCCGGUGAAAUUACGACAAGCAACCUAUGUAGAAAAAAUAUUCAGCGUGUUGCAAAGUUGAGUUACUUGUAAAAACUAGCGACGAUUCAACAUACACAGAAAUUCCAUAUCUUGUCAAAAACUGCGGUUGACUAUUUCAAGCGAGGACCAUUAGGCUUCCACGCAAAUUCAGGCGAAACUCGAUGGUUGUAUGUACCCAUCUAGGUAUUUGAAGAAAAAUAGGUAAAUGAAGCUAAUUACAGAUACCUCUUCUAUCUCUCCUCCUCUAGGAGGAGAUACCUCUUCUGGUUUCGCGGUGAUUGUAAUACGAAGUAGGACUUGUUUUCACCUAAAUACUACGAAUAUUAUUAUACAACUUCAAGUGAUUGAUGUAUUUUUAUUAUCUUCAACUGUGCAGUGUAAGUCACUCCAAGGGUCGAGAAUGGGAGGGACUUGACAGGCAUUAGGCCUCGCCCCUUCAGCCAAUCAACAACUAGGAGAAUUCGGUACCUGAUACAAUUCUUUGGUAUGGGUAAGAAAUAUCAACCACUACUCAACCAGGCUGUUAAUUAUUCAGUUAUUUCGACGUUCGUAAAUGCGAUUGAAAUUGUUGAGCUUCUCUGUUGAUACGAACAUCAAGUGCUCAUGAACGUCAAAAUAAAUGAAUAAUUUAUAGCCUGAUUGAGUAGUGGUUGUAUUUCUUACCCAUACCAAGAAAUUGUAUCAGGUACCGAGUUCUUCUAGUUGUUGAUUGGCUGAAGGGGCGAGGCCUAAUGCCUGGCAAGUCCCUCCCAUUCUCGACACUUUGAGUGACUCACCCUGUACAUAUUCGUGUACGAACACGGACUAUUAGGUUAUACAGGUUUAUUUUACCAGAAAUAAUCAGUCAGUAAGCGAACGACUAAAUGAGUUAAGUAAGUAUUGUUUUGAAGCAAUUGUUAGGUAAAGCUCGCCUAUCUAUAACUAAAUUAUGAUAAAGUGAACUGGUUGACGAAAUCGGUGACAUUGAUCAGAAAAAUUUCUAUCACACUGGUAGGCAAUUUGACUUUCUACAGAUACAUAUCAUUAGUAUUCUUGAAAUAGGAAUACAUGAAAUUCACGUGCCUUAUCUCAAGUGUCUACAUUAACAGAUUUGAUUUGUUAGGAAAAAUGAGAUUGGCAUAAUAUUGUUAUGCGGAUGAUCUUUACAUAAUUAAUUUUACACUACCUACUUGGUUUUUUUUUUUUUAUUGUGUGAAUGAUUUCUGAUGCAUAAUUUCUUAUUUUUAUUUUUCCAUUUUCCUUUUCAAUGUUACGUAAAAUAUCUUCUCGACACAAAACGAGAAAUAUCCCAAAGAGGAGAUUUUUUUUUCAUACGUACAAAAUACGUAUUCCGAGUUAUACGGUCAUAGCGCCGUGUUCAAUUGAUGAGAUUCCAGAAAUGUUAUGAACUGAGAUGAUAAAAAGCACAAAUAUAUGUAUGUAUAUCACCGGGUAUACCUAUAUAAAUUAUGUUGCCUAUAAAAGCAUAAUGAUUAAUUAAUAGAAUGCUGCAAGUCCACAUGUUUUGAUAAAUAUAAACGUUAAUAAUUUUAUCAUACAUUAGCUACAUUAUGUAUAUGUAUGUACAUAAUAUCAUUAUACCUAUUAUAUUGAUAUACAAUGAUACAAUAUAUAUGGAAUGAAAAUG